GGGAGGGAGGUGGUGAAAACCUAGUGGGCCGAGGUUGUAGCAGCCGCCGCCGCCGCCGCAGUACAGCGGCCAGAGCUGAAACAGCUGCCGGCGCCGCAGCUGGAGGAGCGCGCCAGAGAGCCUGGGACUGGAAGAGGAAGCAUACGAACCAACAUUCAAUUAUAUGAAGAUUGUGACAAAGCAGUUGGGGCAUAAUUUUGAAUUGUGUUCCGGCUGCACUUGUUUUGUAGAGUGCUUGAAAUGAACCUCUCUCAUCUCUUGGUAUUGGCUUGGAGCCCCUAGAACUGGAAUACGUUGACUUCAAAACAAGAAGAAAUAAUACAGGUCGUCAUUGUCAUCAAAAAUAUAUGAACAGUUAGUUGUGAUGGUGAAAUGAGAUGAGGCUCCGAAAUGGAACUGUGACAACUGUAUUAGUUUUUAUCACUUCGUUCCUCAGUUUGUCUUGGUAUAUUUCAUGGCAAAAUGGAAAAGAAAAAUUGAUUGCAUAUCAGCCAGAAUUUCAUGCCUUGAAGCAGCGUCUCCGUAUAGCUGAACAUAGAAUUUUACAACGUUCUUCUGAACUAAAUGCAAUCUUAGAGCAAUUCAGACGUGUAAUAGCAGAAACAAAUGGAACCAAGGCUGCAUCUAGUAAUUUUUCAGAUAAUACCUUAAAACUAUUAAAAGACUUAAUGAACAGAAAAUCUCUUCAAGUGCCAAAUAUUUAUUACCAUUUGCCUCAUUUAUUGGACAAUGAAGGAAGUCUUCAACCUGCUGUGCAGAUUGGUUUUGGAAGAGCAAGAGUUUCAAUAGUAAUGGGAAUUCCCACAGUGAAGAGAAAAGUAAAGUCUUAUCUUGUAGAAACUCUUCAUUCUCUUAUUGAUAAAUUAUCUCCUGAAGAGAUGUUGGACUGUAUUAUAGUAGUUUACAUAGGAGAGACGGAUCUAGAUUAUGUCCACAGCGUUGUAGCCAUUCUGGAGAAAGAAUUUUCUACGGAAAUCAAUUCUGGUUUGAUGGAAAUAAUAUCCCCUCCUGCAACUUAUUAUCCUGACUUCACAAAUUUAAAGAAGACAUUUGGAGACUCAAAAGAAAGAGUAAAGUGGAGGACAAAGCAAAACUUGGAUUAUUGUUUUCUUAUGAUGUAUGCUCAGGAAAAAGGCAUUUAUUACAUUCAGCUUGAAGAUGACAUUGUUGUUAAGCAGAAUUACUUCAGUACAAUAAAGAAUUUUGCACUUCAGGUCUCUUCUGAAGACUGGAUGAUUUUGGAGUUUUCCCAGCUUGGUUUCAUUGGUAAAAUGUUUCAAGCUUCAGAUAUCACUUUGAUUGUAGAGUUCAUAUUUAUGUUUUACAAGGAGAAACCUAUUGAUUGGCUCUUAGACCAUAUACUCUGGGUGAAAGUCUGCAAUCCUGAAAAAGAUGCAAAACAUUGUGAUAGGCAAAAAUCAAAUCUACGAAUUCGAUUCAGGCCUUCCCUUUUCCAGCAUGUUGGUUUGCAUUCAUCACUAGAAGGAAAAAUUCAGAAACUCACAGAUAAAGAUUUUCUGAAGCCAUUACUUCACACAAUGCAUGUAAACCCACCUGCAGAAGUAUCUACUUCUCUGAAGGUCUAUCAAGGACACACACUGGAAAAAACUUACAUGGGAGAGGAUUUCUUCUGGGCUGUUACCCCAAUUGCUGGAGACUACAUAUUAUUUAAAUUUGAUAAGCCAGUUGAUGUGGAAAGCUACUUGUUCCAGAGUGGCAAUCCAGAACAUCCAGGUGAUAUACUGAUAAAUACAACUGUGGAAGUUUUGCCUUUUAAGGGUGAAGAGUUGGAAAUAAGCAAAGAAACCAAAGAUAAUCAAUUAGAAGAUGGUUAUGUCAGAAUAGGAAAAUUUGAAGGUGGUGUGGCAGAAGGGAUGGUGGAUCCCAAUCUAAACCCCAUUUCAGCCUUCCGUCUUUCAGUUAUACAGAAUUCUGCCGUUUGGGCUGUUCUUAAUGAGAUUCAUAUUAAAAAGGUUCCAAACUGAGUUCUUAGGAAGUCAAGAUCAUUUCAGACAAACGAUCUCAAAGGGACUUUUAAGCUCUGAAAUUGAUUCCAUGUAAGAUUGUUCUUUAAGAAAAAAAUUCAAGACAAUGAAGCAUGUUUCUAUUCUCUUUUGUAUUUCACUUGAACACUACCUCUUGUGAAAUCUACUGUAGAUAAGAUUGUAUUAAGCCUUUUUGUCAGAUCAAUUCAGAAAAUUAAUCUUCCACCCAUAAUACUCACAUGAAGCUUAAGUCUUUUAUUUGAACAUCAUUUGUACAUUUUACAAUCACAUUGUGUUAAUAUUGUGUUGUAUUAUUUUGGAAUUCUCCUAAAUACGUAAGAGGUGUAUAUAUUGUUACAUUCCUUCAAUAGAAGAAUGUUAAAUACAUUUUAUGAAGGGGGGGUACUUUUGAAUUUCAUUUUACUAUUGCAAACCCCCUUUUAUAGAUUAUCAGGGAUAUAUGUAUAAAUAUAAAUAUACAGAAAACCAUUAAGUUAAUUUAUUGAAAUUAUUUGAGGAGUAAAUAUUU